AUGGAUCUUCUUGCAAAUUAUGGUAGUGAUGGAGAUAGCGACGAAGAUUUCUUCGGAAAAAAUGAAGAAAAAGAAGAUGAAGAAGAAACUGACGAAGCCAAUCGAUUCAUUCGAAAACGCAAAGCGAAUGAUUUAGUCACAGAGCUGGGAACAUACUUCGAGAGCAGCAUUUUUGACAAUUCGUAUUCGCGAGAGGAACGUUUCCAAAUGAAAACACUCAGUCAGCACGUGGAUCUUUCAGAAAAACCAGCGGUAGACCAAAAGAAGGCGAUGUCAACUUGUAGAGCUUAUUUGAAAGGAAGAUGCCGUUUUGGCGAUAAGUGUCGUUUUUCCCAUCCAGUUCAUGAUCGUUCAAAAUCUGGAAGUUCAAGUGAGGCUAUUAUUUCGUCUAACCCGACAUUGUAUACAGAAUCACAAGAAGCGCAAAUUUUUCAUUCCAAAAAAUUCAAAUCAAGCAAUAUACCUGAAUAA